AUGCGGUACCUCGGUGAUUCACAGACUUCUCUCACAGCCAAGCAGGACAAGACCGAGUGGGGCUUCAAUGUCGGAGCGUUUGGUGGCCUGCGAUUAAGCUUGGCAGAAGAGCCGAAGCCAGCGCUGGGCAUCGCCAGCAAAUCAGCUAUCGAGGCUGCAACCGCAGAAUCCGCUCGACGCUACGACGUUGUCGUGCUGGGCGCCACUGGGUUCACCGGACGGUUGAUGGUAGAGCACUUGGAUGCGCUCGUUUGUAGUCAGAAGGAUCCGUCCAAAGGCCGGAAAUGGGCGAUUGCUGGACGGAACAUGCAGAGGCUGCGUGCAUUGUGUUCCUCGUGCCGAUCUUCACCGGAUGCGCUGGCAGCAGAUAGCGAUGCUUCCCUGGAAGAGGUCGCCAGCCAGUGCACGGUCCUCAUUGCUGCGGCCGGGCCAUAUGCUCAGUGCGGCGAACUGGCAAUCCGUGCUUGCGUUAAGAGCCGAACCCACUACGUGGAUGUCUCUGGCGAAUCGGUGUGGAUGCACGAGAUGAUCCAGCGAUACCACGCAGAAGCAAAGCAGAGGGGUGUCCUUCUUGUGCAGGCGGCUGCACAGGUAUGUGCCAUCGAUGAUCUCAACUGCUACCUCCUGGCACAGAAGUUGGGGCCACUGAAGCAGUUCCGAGAGUAUUUCUUUUCGGUAGGGGGCACUACGGGUGGGACCUUCGCGACCAGUGCCGCAAGCAUGAAGGAGAUGACGGAGGAGAAACUCCGAGUCUUUCAGGAUCCCUUCAGUCUGGGUGGUCCCUCUCGUGCCCCAAAGCCCGAGGAGCACGACUGUAAGGAGGCGCUGCAGGAUCCAAACUACUCAUCCCUGUGGCAGCAGCCGGCCUACAACGGCCACACGGGGGGUCGAAUUCUCCGGCGCAGCCGCCAGCUCUUCGAGGAGGCCUCUCCUGGCAGCUACGGAGAUUUCCCGGUGGUCAUCCGGGAUGCGGCGACCAGCAAGCGAGCCGCUGAGCAGGCUUUGAAGGCCAUGGCGCCCAUAGAAAGUCCCGAGCAAGCUCAAGUAGCAGCUCAGAUGAUGCAGCAACAAGUGGCACAGGGGCAGAUGCCCAAACCUGGCGAGGGGCCCCCACCCGAGACUCGCGCACUUUUCUAUUCUGAGGUCUUCGCUCUUGGCGAGGGAGAGGAUGGCAGGUGGGCCCAUGUACACUACACAGGGCCAGAAGCUUAUGAGGUGACUGCCAUGGCUGCAGUUACCGGUGCCCUAGUCAUUGUAGAGGAGCAGGAGGCUAUCCAGCCUGCUAAGCGUGGCGGCAUCGUCACACCAGCCUUUGCUUUCCAUGGCACCAGCUACGUGCAGCGCCUUGAGGCCAAUGCCUUUGCCGCGAAGGCCGGCCGGAAGAUGAGCUUCAAGGUUGUGGAGGGCAAACCAACCGAGGAUUCUCUGAAGGAUGCGAUUACUCGCAAGACGAAGAGUGCGGUGCAAGGCCAGGCUGACAUGAGUGCCGGGAAGCUGUGGGCGUGGGCAUGA